GAUGCAGCUUAUUUUUUUAUUUUCACGGAUGCGACUGACUAUGUGCAACAAAAAGACAUGCUUACAUAAUACUGAAAUGGAUAUGCUCAUUGUGGUAUGUUUUAGGUGCCGACUCUUACAACUAACCUGAUAUGAGCCCGAUCACAGCCCACGGUGACGUCGAAGGCUGAAUCGAUGUUCUUAAUGGUGCUUAACAAUAUAUAACAAUUGGAAACUAAUUCCCCUACCUUCCCACUGCCUGGUUUCAUCAGGGCAGAUAUCCAAUCAUUCAAGCCAUGACUUCAUCCGAUCAACCUGUCUUAAUUAUCGGCGCCGGCGUCGCUGGUCUCACAUUGGCGCAAGGCCUACGCCUCCGCUCAAUCCCAUUUCGUCUCUUUGAGCGCCAUCCGCAGUCACAUAGCUCACAAGGCCACCGUUUUCGUAUCUCCAGAGAUAGCCAAGCCGCCCUCAACAGCGUCCUAUCGCCUCAGUUACAGGCCCUUCUCAAACGCACCGCAGCCGAUCAGUUUCUCUUUAAGCCGCGAUAUGUCGACGCCAAGAAGCUCGACUUCGCAAAGUUAACACCGGUAGAUCCGGAUACGAUGGCCAUCGACCGGACAUGGAUCCGUAUGCUGACCACCCUAGGCCUUGAGCAAUCUGUUGAAUACGGAAAAGAGUUUAGAUCCUACGAAAUCGUGGACGGGCAAGUUCAAGUCAAAUUUACUGAUGGCUCGGCCGUAUCCGGGAGGCUUCUCGUCGGCGCAGACGGUAUCCGAAGCCGUGUGCGUAAGCAGCUACAGCCAAAUCGCAAAUUGCUUGAUCUGGAGCGCAGCAUUAUGUGGGGCCGCACUUUAUUAACCGACGAUCUAAAGGAGAAUAUACCGCAAGAUAUGCUGAGCUGGUGUAUGUAUCUAGACCAGGAGACUAAUGUUCAGGUUGUCGUUGAGCCUAUGAUAUGGUCGAAAAGCGUGCGGCAAGAGUCGGACGCCAAGUUACCUGAUUUCCCCGACUACGUAUUCUGGGUUGUUUGUACAGCAUCUUCACAAUAUUCGGAACUACUACCAAAGACGGUGGAGGAGAAAAAGUUGUUUUUGGAGAAAGUGACCAAGACCUGGCACCCCGCCCUCAAGCUUUUGCUUGAUUCGGCUACGCAUGAUCUGUCUGCUUGCGCACCUGUUUUGUCGAGCAAGCCAGACAUCGAAAUUAGCUCAGUUGGUCAGCCUAGUAAGCUGGUCACCCUUGUCGGCGAUGCAGCGCACGCAAUGAGUCCUAUGGGUGGUUCUGGCGGUGCUACGGCUAUCUUGAAUGCCGCAGAUCUAGCGCGGAUAAUUGCUGAAGAAGGCAUCACGAAAGGUAGUAUCGCGAACUUCGAGGCAAGGAUGGAAGAAAAGGCAAAAGACAUGAUCGAGCACUCUUUCAGGGGCGGCCAGAAAUUCUGGCGUGGGAAGGAAUGGUCCGAAUACAGCGAGACUGAUGUUUGAAGAUCUAUUAAAUUAAAUAAAAAUUCCUUCUCCCAUUCCCAGGGUAUAUUUCUCAUUCCGUUUUACCAAUCAGUUCUCAUUGUACCUCCCACCACCUACACUGCAUCAUCUCCUGUUCUACUUACUGCCAUAUCGCGCAACUCGAUAGCUUCCCCACUCCAACUAGAAUUCUGCUCAUCCGAUCUCUUCGCCGCAUCCACCCACUUUCCCUGUCCCGUACCAGGUCGCAAUCCCUGCACACUUUCUCCCUUUUUAUCCCGCGCCUCAUCGCCGGAUCUCUGCCCGCUCCCCUGAUCAUAGGGGUGGUGUCGUCCCGAGGACAGCGACAACGCCGCGGCUGCGUGUCGGAUCGAGUCAAGCGAGACGCGCAACGCGCGUGGCAGGGACUGUUUAAUUGCGCGACCGAGCCGGAAGGAGAGGUGUGGAAGGUUGGAUGCAAGCAGGCCGACACCGAUCUCGAUCGUAGGCCAGUUAGAGAAGAGCAGGGAGGAUCCUGUGCUCAUCGCGAUUAGCAUGAGGUGAAAUCCGGGAGAGGGCUAUGCUGGACAUUGAAAUACCUUGGAAGAAAUUGGCCCCGCUGCCAGAUUCUGUAAGCUCUGGUUGGGUGAGGUUUACGAGCUGGAUGAUGGUGUUGUUGAGUCCAGCGACGAAAGCGCUAGAAGCGAGUUAGCCUGGCACGGGGGGGGGGCAUUGG